CAGCCCCAGCAUUCUCCCAGCCUCCUGGAGCACCUUUCUCUUCUCUCCGCCAACUCGCUCGCUCACUCGCCUCCCUCGGCACCAUGACCUCCUGCAGCCGCCAGUUCACCUCCUCCAGCUCCAUGAAGGGCUCCUGUGGCAUCGGUGGUGGCUCCAGCCGCAUGUCCUCUGUCCUGGCCGGAGGGUCCUGCCGGGCCCCCAGCGCCUACGGGGGCGGCCUGUCGGUCUCCUCCAGCCGCUACUCCUCCAUGGGAGCCUGCGGACUGGGGGGCGGCUAUGGCGGCGGCUUCAGCAGCAGCAGCUUUGGUGGAGCUCUGGGUGGCGGCUUCGGUGGAGGCUAUGGUGGUGGCCUUGGUGGUGGCUUUGGUGCUGGCUUUGGUGGUGGUGAUGGUGGCCUCCUCUCUGGCAAUGAGAAGAUCACGAUGCAGAACCUCAACGACCGCCUGGCCUCCUACCUGGACAAGGUGCGUGCCCUGGAGGAGGCCAACACCGACCUGGAGGUGAAGAUCCGCGACUGGUACCAGAGGCAGCGGCCCACUGAGGCCAAGGACUACAGCCCCUACUUCAGGACCAUUGAGGACCUGAGGAACAAGAUCAUCGCGGCCACCAUUGAGAAUGCUCAGCCCAUUCUGCAGAUCGACAAUGCCAGGCUGGCGGCGGAUGACUUCAGGACCAAGUAUGAGCACGAGCUGACCCUGCGCCAGAGCGUGGAGGCCGACAUCAAUGGCCUGCGCAGGGUGCUGGAUGAGCUGACCCUAGCCAGGACGGACCUGGAGAUGCAGAUCGAGAGCCUGAAGGAGGAGCUGGCCUACAUGAGGAAGAAUCACGAAGAGGAGAUGCUUGCCCUGCGGGGUCAGACCGGUGGGGAUGUCAACGUGGAGAUGGAUGCUGCACCUGGUGUGGACCUGAGCCGCAUCCUGAACGAGAUGCGCGACCAGUAUGAGCAGAUGGCAGAGAAGAACCGCAGAGACGUCGAGGCCUGGUUCCUGAGCAAGACAGAGGAGCUGAACAAAGAAGUGGCCUCCAACAGUGAGCUGGUGCAGACCAGCCGCAGCGAGGUGACUGAGCUGCGGAGGGUGUUCCAGGGCCUGGAGAUCGAGCUGCAGUCCCAGCUCAGCAUGAAAGCAUCCCUGGAGAACAGCCUGGAGGAGACCAAAGGCCGCUACUGCAUGCAGCUGGCCCAGAUCCAGGGGCUGAUCAGCAGCGUGGAGGAGCAGCUGGCCCAGCUGCGCUGCGAGAUGGAGCAGCAGAGUCAAGAGUACCAGAUCCUGCUGGACGUGAAGACACGGCUGGAGCAGGAGAUCGCCACCUACCGCCGCCUGCUGGAGGGAGAAGAUGCCCACCUCUCCUCCCAGCACAUGUCCAGCCAAUCCUAUUCUUCCCGCGAUGUUAUCUCCUCCUCCUCGUCAUCCUCCAGUCGCCAGACCCGGUCCAUCCUCAAGGAGAUGGACUCGUCCAGUUUCAGCCAGGGCCAGAACUCCAAGCACUGAGUUGCCUCUCCCAGAGCCUCCUGUCCACCUGCUGGCCUCCCCUCCUGAAGGCCUGGGUCGGGCCCUUGUUCUCCCAGCGCGGCUCCCAGCUGUCUCCCCUCCCCCUCCGCUGGUGGUGGGCUAAUAAAGCUGACUUUCUGGUUGAUGCAAA